UGGCGGUAGCUGCAGGGCGGGUGCGGGCGUGAGGGUGGAGUCAGGCCGGAUCCACGAGGGAGGGUGCGAGGGGGCGCCCCGAGCCGGCCUUGUGUUGUCGCGCGUCGGCUGAGAGAAGACAGGAAGUCUGCUCGCAGGGGGGCUGGAGGGGGGGAUGAGCGUCGAAAUUCAAGCAGACCACAAGAGGACGACGACGACGACGACAUCAUGAGCGUGGACGCGGGGGGCCAGCGGCGUUACGUGUCCACCUUCAAGAUGCGCAUGGAGCCUGGGAACGGACCCCGGAGCGCCGACAGACCGAGCGCAGAUGCGGGAGUCCUCCCCUCGCACCGGCCUGCCGACCCGCCCGCCUUUGUGCGGCCGCUGCGGGACUGCUGCGUGGACGAAGGCGACGACAUCACCCUGAGCGGCGUCCUCUCGGGGAGUCGACCCAUCAAAGUCACGUGGUUGCACAACGGUGAGGUGGCCCGUUUUGGCAUCCCCGCCCUGGACGGCGCCGACGUGAGCUUGGUCGUGCGCGAGUGCCUGCCCGAGGAUGCCGGCGCAUACACCUGCAUGGCGGAAAACGCGGCGGGGAAGACUUCCUGUUGCGCUGCCGUCUUCGUCAGAGACUUUGAAACUAUUUGCAGCGUGCAGGAUCGAGCUUCUGCAAACAAGUGCAUUGUGGGUAACGCGAGGCCACCUCAGGAAGAUCAGGAAGGGUCCAACGGCACCUCGCGUACCGGCUCCGAUCGGCAGAGUCUGGUCUCUUAUCCACGAGAGGUCAUUCCGAAGAAGAGAGCCAACUCAGGGACGGGUCCGGCGUUGCGCUUGGAGAACCCGCCGCAGCUGGUGGAGGUGACGGCGGGCCGAACGGCGCGCGUCACCUGCCGCUUCGCCGGCAGCCCGCCCGUGGUGGCCUGCUGGAUGCGGAACAAAGCGCAGAUUGCGGACGGUCCUGACGUGUGGAUAGAAAACUCGAACGAGAGCACCACUUUGGUCCUGGCCUCGGCCGGAACUCAGCACACGGGCCGCUACACUGUGGUGGUCAAGGACCGCAAGAGUUCCGCUCAGCACACGCUCACCCUCUCCGUCAUAGACAGGCCACAACCCCCCGCCUCCUGCCCCCUGGUCUCACCGGUGUCCCCCGGGAGCCUGGUCCUCUCCUGGUCGGGGCCCUGCUACGACGGGGGCAGCGCCGUGCUGGGCUACGCGGUGGAGGUCCGCCCCGAGGGCCGGGAGUGGCGCGAGCUCGCGGCCCGGUGUGCGAGCACGUCCUACAGGGUGUGCGGCGGCCUGCGGCCCCGGGAGGAGUACCGCUUCCGGGUCAGGGCCUACAACGCAGUGGGGGUCAGUGAGCCCGGACCAGCAUCGCCCGGGGUCACCGAGGAGGAGGAGGAGGAGGAGGAGGGGGUCCUGGAGGCCUUCGUCGCUAUCGACUCUGUGCACAAAGUCACGGACCACUACGACGUGCAGGAGAAGCUCGGCAUGGGCAAGUUCGGCCUGGUGUUCAAGCUGAAGCACAGGACGAGCGGCCGGGUGUGCGCCGGAAAGUUCUACAAAGGUCGGCGCACCAAGGAGAGGGAGGCGGCUCGCAAGGAGAUCGAGCUGAUGAACAAGCUCCACCACCCCAAGCUGGUCCGCUGCCUGGCUGCCUACGACCACAAGCCAGACAUGGUCAUGGUCAUGGAGUUCAUUGCAGGCGGGGAACUCUUCGAACGGAUCGCGGACGACAGUUUCGAGCACACGGAACCGGCCAGCGUGCGUUACAUGCGGCAAAUCCUGCAGGGCGUCUCCUUCAUGCAUCGGCAGCGCAUCGUGCACCUGGACCUAAAACCCGAGAAUAUCGUGUGCGUCGACACCACCGGCACGGCCGUCAAGAUCAUCGACUUUGGACUGGCCACCCAGCUCGACGGCAAGACUGAUCUGCGGGUGAUGCAGGGGACCGCGGAGUUUGUGGCCCCCGAGGUGAUCAACUACGAGCCGGUGUGCUUGGCCACGGACAUGUGGAGCAUCGGCGUCAUCUGCUACAUACUACUCAGCGGCGAGUCGCCCUUCCAGGGAAGCAGCGACGCCGACACGCUGGCGUUGGUGACGGCGGCCCACUGGGAGUUUGACGAGGAGAGCUUCGAGGCCAUCACGGACCAGGCCAAGCAUUUCAUCAGCUCUCUGCUCGAGAAAGACCCCAGGCGACGCAUGUCCUGCGAAGAGGCCCUGGCUCACGCGUGGAUGGCAGCGUUCGACUUGGCGGCUCCCGCCUCUGCCAAACGUCUUCCCAAAGAGAAGAUGAAGCGCUACCUCGCCAGCCAGAAAUGGAAGAAAGCAGGCAAGGCCAUGUUGGCGCUGAAGAGAAUGGCCUUACUGAAAAAAGGGGACAGCACUUCACGUCCCAGCAGCCCCGCAGAAGAGUGCCCUCUGACCCCAGAGACGGAAGACGCCUUGCUCGCGUUGGAGCGCAAGAUGCGGGGACCCCCGUGCUUCACCAAGACCCUGCAGGACCAGACGGUCUCCGCCGGGGACAGCGCCCACCUCGACUGUCACCUCACGGGCUAUCCCGACCCGGAUGUGCUGUGGCUGCGGGGGGAGGAGCCCGUGGAGGAGUCGGCCGCCGUCCGCAUCGAGUACGAAGAAGAUGGCCGCUGCACGCUGAUCGUCGCUAAAGCGGGCCCGAGCGACGCCGGCAUUUACACCUGCAAAGCCAAAAACGACCACGGGGAGGCGUCCUGCUCGGCGUCGCUUGUUGUCCGACAUUCAGACUAAAACUUUUACGGCAAUCCACGUCCUACGUGUGAUGCAGAGUAAAUAUUUAAAAAAUUAAAAAUAAAAAAAAAAAAAACACGGCACACUUAAUCAUCUUACAAAAAUUUCAUAGGAUUUUGUACAAAAAAAGUGAUUAGUAAUUAGUUUAAAAAUAUAUUUUGGUUGUUAUUUGAAGCUUGAUAUUUAUACCAAUGUAAACUGAUUAUGGCGUACUGGCAAGAAUUUAAUACAAAGAUGUGAUGUAAAUUAGUGGGGUAGGGGGGGGGAAUAUUACUUUAGAGAAAAGCUAAGUUUUAGUAAUAUUAUAACCUACUUUUGAAACUUGUUUUCGCAUGUUUGUUUUUAAGAUUUUGAAAUGAUUACUUCAAUUUUGUUUUAAAAUUAAU